GCCGCCUACCGGGCGUCCCUGGCGCUGUUUCCGGUCAUUCUCGGAAGCGGGAGUCCCCCACGCGGCCGACCCGGUUGGCGGCUGCUGGCGGCGUGGGGCUUCUUGAGACUCUUCGUGGCGGAGCCCGUCAGCCGCCGACAUGUCCAGCAGAAACAACAACAAGCUGCCCAGCAACCUGCCGCAGUUGCAGAAUCUGAUAAAGCGGGACCCGCCAGCCUACGUGGAGGAGUUUCUACAGCAGUAUAAUCACUACAAAUCCAAUGUGGAGAUUUUCAAAUUACAACCAAAUAAACCCAGCAAAGAACUGGCAGAGCUGGUGAUGUUUAUGGCACAGAUUGGUCACUGCUAUCCAGAACAUUUAAGUAAUUUUCCUCAAGAGUUGAAAGAUCUUCUCUCCUACAAUCACACUGUCUUGGAUCCAGAUCUUCGAAUGACAUUUUGCAAAGCUUUGAUCUUGCUGAGAAAUAAGAAUCUCAUCAACCCAUCGAGUUUGCUGGAACUCUUCUUUGAACUUCUGCGUUGCCAUGAUAAGCUUCUGCGAAAGACUUUAUACACACAUAUCGUCACCGAUAUCAAGAAUAUCAAUGCAAAACACAAGAACAAUAAGGUGAACAUAGUGUUGCAGAAUUUCAUGUACACCAUGCUAAGAGACAGCAAUGCAACUGCAGCUAAGAUAUCUUUGGAUGUGAUGAUUGAGCUCUACAGAAGAAACAUCUGGAAUGAUGCCAAAACAGUCAAUGUGAUCACAACUGCAUGUUUCUCCAAGGUCACCAAGAUAUUAGUUGCUGCUUUGACAUUUUUCCUUGGGAAAGAUGAAGAGGAGAAAAAGGACAGCGACUCAGAAUCUGAGGAUGAAGGACCAACAGCAAGAGACUUGCUAGUGCAAUAUGCCACAGGGAAGAAAAGCUCCAAACACAAGAAAAGGUUGGAAAAGGCUAUGAAAGUACUCAAGAAACAAAAAAAGAAGAAGAAACCAGAAGUGUUUAACUUUUCAGCUAUUCAUUUGAUUCAUGAUCCCCAAGAUUUUGCAGAAAAACUGCUAAAGCAGCUAGAGAGCUCUACGGAGAGGUUUGAGGUGAAAAUGAUGCUCAUGAACCUCAUCUCCAGAUUGGUGGGAAUUCACGAGCUUUUUCUCUUCAAUUUCUACCCGUUUCUGCAAAGGUUUCUGCAGCCCCACCAAAGAGAAGUAACAAAGAUCCUUCUGUAUGCUGCCCAAGCAUCUCAUCACUUAGUACCCCCCGAGAUCAUUCAGUCAGUGCUCACGACUGUGGCCAACAAUUUUGUCACCGACAAGAACUCUGGGGAGGUCAUGACAGUAGGAAUCAAUGCUAUAAAAGAGAUAACAGCUCGAUGUCCUCUAGCCAUGACUGAAGAACUUCUCCAAGACCUGGCUCAGUAUAAAACACACAGAGAUAAGAAUGUGAUGAUGUCUGCUAGAACUUUGAUUCAGCUCUUCCGAACACUGAAUCCUAAGAUGUUGCAGAAGAAGUUCCGGGGGAAGCCUACGGAGGCCUCCCUAGAAGCGAGAGUACAAGAAUAUGGAGAAUUGGAUGCUAAAGAUUACAUUCCAGGAGCAGAAGUUCUAGAAGUUGAAAAAGACGAGGAUGCUGAAAACGAUGAAGAUGGAUGGGAAAGUACCAGUCUCAGUGAGGAGGCGGAUGCCGAUGGCGAGUGGGUUGAUGUGCUGCACUCUUCUGACGAAGAACAGCAAGAAAUAUCCCAGAAGCUCAACAGCAUGCCUGUGGACGAGCGCAAAGCCAAAGCGGCAGCCGUUAGCACAAGCCGCGUGUUAACUCAGGAAGACUUCCAGAAAAUCCGCAUGGCCCAAAUGAGGAAGGAACUCGAUGCUGCCCCGGGGAAAGCCCAAAAGAGGAAAUACGUUGAAAUUGAUAGUGAUGAGGAGUCCAGGGGCGAGCUGCUUUCUCUUCGGGACAUUGAACGCCUUCAUAAGAAACCGAAGUCUGACAAGGAGACACGGCUAGCAACGGCCAUGGCCGGAAAGACAGACCGAAAGGAAUUUGUGAGGAAGAAAACCAAAAUGAACCCGUUUUCCAGUUCCACAAAUAAAGAGAAGAAGAAACAGAAGAAUUUUAUGAUGAUGCGAUACAGCCAUAACGUCCGGUCAAAAAACAAGCGUUCCUUCCGAGAAAAGCAGCUGGCACUACGAGAUGCACUUUUGAAAAAGAGAAAAAGAAUGAAGUAACUUCCAAGCAAAUUUUCCAUCCCAAGAAGAAUGCUACAUUUGUAUCAUUAUCUUGAAAAUUAAUCAAGGUUGUCUGUUUACAUUAAAGAGUCCUAAAGUACUUUAUUGUGAAAAACAGCAGUAAACAUGGUAGCAGUUUAGUGUUUCUGUUUUGGAGAUGGGUAGUGGUGGGAAUGUGUGAAAUGUCCCUGGUGGUGUAAAAUUACUGUCACUUCGCAUUCGUGCAAAGAAGAAAAAUGUUGGGUGCCUGCUGAUUGGCACUGUAGGGACAAGAAUGAGUGAGCCGUGGCCCUCCCAGAAGGCACUCGCAGCCUGUUUGGGAAACGCGAGGGGGCAGAUGUGUGUCGUGUGUGUAUCUGGAGUGCAGUGUGAAUAGUUCUCUAAUAGAGGUAGGUCUGUGCUUCGCUGGGGUUGUAGAGGCCUCUGCAGGGCACAGGAGUUCAAGAUUUUCUCUUUAAACGGGACAAUGUUACAAGAGUAGGAGUUUCUUACUUGUAUAUAGGCUUACCUGCUCCGAACAGGUCCCUGCUGUACAGGUUUUUCAUAGCCAAUUAAGCUCUUUUAGUCCAUCCAAAAACUAUUUUUUUGAAUGCCAGGUAUAGGCUUUUUGGUUACGACCUUGCUUUUUAAAUUGCCUUAAGUAUAAAUAGUAAUCGUGGAGUGUCUUUAGUUCGUCAUUUGGACCACCAUAGAGGAAAAAGAAGUCGGACUGGUCUCCCCAGCCUGCCUUCAUGCUGUGGUAUUUUCAGCCCACUGUUUGCUUUGUCUCAAUAAAAGGUUCCUAAUCUCAGAUAGGUCCUGUGGUGUGUGUGGACUGCUGUGCUGGUCUCCCUUCCCUUGGCGUGGCUGAGUAGCCUUCAGGGGACACAGGGCCGUGCUCAGCCUCUGUUUGCAAGUCAUUGAUUUGGAAAUAGCGGGUGCCUUUGCCUCCGAUUUCCUGGGUCAUAUUGUGGUAGAUGAGAAAAGUGUUCUCUGUUAUUUUAGAGUAAAAGGCAGUUUUCUGCCCACCAGAAUUAGAAAGUAGCUUCUAAAACUUCUCUUGUUCACUCUCUGUGUUCACUUUUGGUUUUACGUGAAACUUCGGGGCCUUCUGCAAAGAUGCCUCAGAUCACUGGACCUUCGUUGUGAAAAUCUUGAAGUUCAGGGACUAAGUUGCACUGGCCCGGUGAGGGGAGUUCUCAAGAGUCAACUUCAGUAGCUUUAGGGUUUAACAGGAAGUGUCCGAUGCAAAUUUGCUAUUUCAGACCUGAAACUUCUCUCUCUCUCUCUCUCUCUCUUUGUUUGUACUCUUGAACUGGGUGGCUCCUUGAGAGAGGUAAAUAAAAUUAGAAAUGGCAUAGCCCUUAGGGUUCACAGCUUUGCUCCUUGACUUCUGAUGGUUCCUGGAAGUCCCCCCUUCCUCAGGACAUUCGGACCCCACUUAGAGGCCUGGAGGCCAAAGUCCGUUCUGUGCUCGGACUCCUGUUCUACUGUGACUUCGCCCUGCUCUUAACUGAGGUUUAUAUGCAAGAUAGAAAAAUAGCUAGUUGAAAGAUGAAAGCCUUAACUCUUAUGUCUUCAAUCACAUAGUAUCUUAAUUCUGCCGGAUGCCUUUUAUUGUAUAAAUCUUCCUUUGAGAAUAUGUUCUGUAAACCUGAAGAUCAGAUUCUCACAAGGUCGGAUGCUGUCAGCAAAGGCAGAGUGAUCUUUCAGGGUCAAAGAAGGUAAAAAUACCUAGAAGAGGCCAUCAGGGUCUGAGCUUCAACUUUUCAGUCUCUGCUUUUCUGUCAUUCCGAAGUAUGGAUCCAUUUCAGGGACGAACACCCAUUUCCAAGCUCAGAAUGUUUACAAAGUGAUGUAUGAACCUAGAAUUCUGGCCCAUUUUGUAUGUGACCCCAGCAGGUUCCACAGAAGGCAGAGUCUGUUCCCUGCUGUAUCAUUAGUGCUGGUUCAGUGCCCAGGAAGUUAGGGGCGUAGCAAGUAUUUGAAUACAUGAUUUAUUCCCUGUCCAUUCUCUCUCUGUAAAUACAAGACCACCUACCUCGUUGAUUGUUUUGAAAAUUUUGAGAAUGUUUUCAGCACUUACCUUGGUAUUUGCCACAAAGUGAACAUUCAAUAAAUUUCUCAUCAACGAUUAGA